AUGUAAUUAAAAACAAAGCUAUUGUUGACUUAAUUGAUCUUAUUAAAUUUAAUUAGUCUAAUUUAAUCAGGAAGAUAGGAAUUUAAAGAUUUAAUGAUCAUUACUCAAAAUUCAAUUGGACUUUUAUUAAAUUUAAUCAUUUUAAGUUUAGAAUAUGUAAAAAAAAGAGAAAACAUUACUAACAUUUUGAUUCAAAUAAACAUUAUUGUAUAAUUAGAAAUAGUCUUUUACAAUAUCUAAAACAUCACUAAUUACUUCAUCCUAAUAUACUUAUUAAUUAUGUAGAGUGCUUUGAAAAAAUAAAAUCAAUAUUAUUAAUUUAUAACUCAUACAAUAUGCUUAUAUGUUUCAAUAAGACUUGCUGCUUAAUUCUAUGUGUAAUUUACAACUGCUUAAUUUAUUCUCUUUAUUCUUUGGCAACCCCUUAACCAUUUAAUAUUAUAUAAAGAAAAGUCCAUAAAUGAAAUUCGCAAACCAAGUCCUACUUCUCUAUCAUAAAGAUAACCUAAUCAUAAUGCACAUUUCAGCUAUCUUGAAUAAAUUUAAUAAAAUCUUAUUGAUGAUAAAACACCACAUCUAGAAAGAAACAUAAAUGUAGCUCUAGAAGAAGAUUUACUCAAUUAUCUCCCUUAUGGAUUAGUUUUGAUAGAUACAAACUUUCAAGUUAUAAAACAUAAUGAAAAAUUGAUGAGUUACUUGAUGAUUAGUCAAACAGAUUAAAUUUUGAAUCAUUUAGAUUAAUUAUUGUCUAAGUAAGAUUUAUUAAUAUAUAUAAGUGCCUAACUGAACUCAAUAAAAACUAGUCCAAUUUCUAAACAUAAACCUCACAUUGUUCCCUUGAGAAAAUUGAAACAAAAUUCAGCCAGUCAAUAUUAGUGUAAUACUGGAUUCAAAUCUAAUUAGAAUUAUUGGCUGUCUGAUAGGUUAAAGAUUAACAUGUAAAAUAAAGGUUCCUUUUAAUCUAGUAUAUAAGAUGCAUGUACUUAUACUUAUAUUUAAUUUGUUAUGAAUGAAUUUUAAAAUAAAAGUUUUAUUAAGAUCAAUCCUUCAGAUAAUUUAUCUAUGGCAUCUGAUUAAACUCAUAUGUUUAAAUUUCAUGUAGUGAAAGAUCUUAAAGUAAGAAAGAAGCAUUUUUAAAUAAAAGUUUAUGAAGUAAAAUUAUAAACAAGAACAAAAGAUCCUGCUUUUUUAUUUAUAAUUGAAAAUAUUACAGAUAAGGAAGAAUUGAAGGAAUUAACUAAUCGAUUCAAAUUUUAAUAAGCUUUAUUAAAUUCUUUUAGUCAUGAAUUACGAACACCAUUAAAUAGUUCAAUACCUUUAUUAGAAAUUUUAAGUAAAAAAAUUGAUGAAACUUUAAAUGAUAAUUAUUUAUCACUAGCUAUAAUUUCUUGUCGUAGAUUACUUUUUUAAAUUAAUGAUAUAUUAGAUUAUGCAUAAAUAGAAUGUGAAGAUUUUAAGUUAAAUCUAAACAAUUUUAAGGCAAGUGAUAUUUUUGAUGAUCUAAAAGAAUUAUUUUAAUAAGAAUGUUUAUAAAAAUAAAUUGAAUUAAUUUUAAAUUAUAAUACUCAUAUAGUAAUCCAUAGUGAUAAAUUAAGAAUAACUUAAAUAUUGGUAAAUUUAAUGAAUAAUUCAAUUAAAUUCACUAAGCAAGGAGGUAGAAUAGUUUUGUCUUUAAAAAAAAGAGACUCUUAAUGUAUAUUUUCAGUUUGGGAUAAUGGUGAAGGGAUUUCUAGUGAAUAAAUGAUUGCACUGUAAAAUUAAUUUAUCUAAUAACCAUAAGGAUCUAAUAAAAUGGGAUUAGGUUUGAGAGUUUCAAAAGAAAUAGUAAAAUAUUUAGGGGGAGAUGGUGAAUUACAAAUAAAAAGUGAGAAAGGAUUUUAUACAAUUGUUAGUUUUUAAAUUGAAGAGUCUGCUAGUACAAUAAUAAAAGAUGAGGAUUCAUCAAUAAGAGAUAUAGAGGAAUUAGGAUCAGAUUCUAAGAAUUCAGCAUAAAGAGUAUAUAUAUCUUCAAGAAAAUUUCUGAGUCAUUGUGAAUGUAAUUAAAUAUUGAUUGUUGAUGAUGUACCUUUUAAUCAUAUCACUUUAAUGGCAUUACUUUAAAAUUAUGGAUAUAAAGCAGAUAGUGUAUAUGAUGGAGAUUCUGCAAUUAAGAAAGUGAAAUAAAAAUUGUAUAAUGUUUGUUGUAAAGUGUAUAAAAUAAUAUUUAUGGAUAUAGAAAUGCCAGGAAAGAAUGGAUUUAUUACAAGUAGUGAGGUAUUAAAUCAUAAAUCAAUUAGAGAUCUCUAAAUUAUUGUAAAAUGAACGUUUAAAAUGCAUAAUUGUGAUGUGUUCUGCAUAUAAUGGAUAAGAAAAUGCAGAAUUAGCAUAUGAAAGUGGAAUGAAUGAAAUAAUUUCGAAACCUAUUUCAUUAGAUUCUUUAUAAACACUUUUAAGGAAAUACUUUUGUUGA